AUGGCAGCAGUCACUGCCUUCUUCGAGAGAACUGAUCUCCACGAAACGGCGAAGCCGUACUCCUGGGAUGGCCCUGACGGGCAGUCGUUCCCCAAGUCGAAUUUCGUCAUGAAGGACAUGGAACUUAAUCUGACCGACAUACGAACGCUGCCAGAUUUCAAGCCUACUAUUGAGGAGAACGGCUUCUGUUUCCUCGAGAACAAGUCCAAAGAGCUCUCGAAAAUGACUGGAGCGGAUGACUGUAAACCUUACUUGGAAGAGAUGGCUCAAUUUUUAAAAUCUCGAUUUGGUACAGAUGAGAUUUUCCCCAUCAAUGCCAAUUUUCGAGAUGCACGUUCGCAAGGAGGCCGCACAGGACACCUUCCUUUCGCCCACUUGGAUAAUACCGUGGCCAGUUCUUGGAGCAGAAUAUCGCUGUUCUUGACCGAGGAAGAACGGCAACGCGUUCUCUCAGGCCAGAGUCGGGCGAGAAUUAUCAAUAUCUGGCGCCCGAUGUUCAAUCAUGCCGAGGACAUUCCCUUCGCCGUGUGCGAUCCAAGGACUAACAUCGAUCUCGCCGAUGUUGUCUCGGUUGACCGCAUCACCCACGAAGCAGCCAAGGAAGUUGCCUACUUUUCCUGGAAUCCUGCCCACAGAUGGUACUGGAUGAGCAACCAGACCCCUGACGAGAUUGUUAUCAUGACACAGUACGACACCCACCCGCCAGGUGGCUUUUUCAACAUUGUACCCCAUGCUGCAUUUCGAAAUGGAGCGGCUCGGCCCGGCUGCCCAACGCGGUACAGUGUUGAGGCAAGAUUCAUUGUACUGGAGCCCGCGCCGUAUCAGAAGGAUGGGCCUGGUCCUAAUGGUCCAUUCCCAGAAGAAAGUCGACUUCAGCCGUGGAAGAAGUGGGUUACACCGCCUGAGCCGAAGGCUGUCCCAGCCCCCACCGCUGAUGCAAGGCCAAUGUACUUCUAA